AAAUUAGUUCAAGAAGACAAACUGUUGUAUUAGCUCCACAAUGUAAUGAUUUUGAUGUAGAAACAUUAGCUAGAAAUAUGUCAAUAGUGAUUGAUAAUGAUAAAAAUUUGGUUAUGGCAAAGGUUUCAGAUUCAACUUAG